GCUAUGCUCAGUGGAGGAUAUCAGACAUUUGCAGAUGCACUUCCAAAGCCCUGGAUAUUUAUGCUUCAAUCCAAUGGUGCCUUAACAGCUGGAGAGGAAGUGGUCCUUAACUGUACAACCCCAAAUAAUUAUACAGGCAGUAUAUUUUAUUUCUACAGAAAUGCCAGAACUGUGCACCUGUCCGAAGUAAAUGCAACAUCAGCUGUUUAUAACUCCACGGAACAACACAGAAACCAAAAUGCUGAACUUGAUGGAACAUAUUCAUGCCAAUAUUCAGUGAUGACUAUUUCAGGAGCAAAGAAUUCUUCCAUCAGUGAUAAUGUGUUUGUGGCCGCCUUAACAGAUGAUUUAGACCUGAAGAUUAUGAUCGGAAUCGGUGGUGUACUCACCUGUAUGAUUUUGCUGACUCUGGUUUUGGCUUCUAUCAUUCGAUCUAAGACAAGAACACAGACCAGAGUUCUCAUGAGUCAAGCAACAAACUCAGAAAUUCCACAAGAUAUGGUGACAGGAAUUCCUUAUGGAAAUAUAAGCAUGUGCAGUUUAGUAUCUCAGACCACCACAAAUACUGCAUUGGAUGAAGCCCUAGAGAAUGUGGCAGAAGAACAGUACACUCCAAUGGAUAAACUAAACAUUAUAACAUCAGUGUGAACAAACAGAAGUACAGCCUGCUUUUCACAACUUCAGUGCAGUUCCUUUCACUUCCUCUACCACUGCCUUCACAUUGUUGUCUGGUCAUUACCAGUUAUGUGGAAAAUUAUAGCUCUGAAAAUAUCCUUUGUAAACUGAAAUCAUUUGAUGAACUUUCUUCUUAUAUCACCCCACAUAGAAAAUGUAGAGAUCAAAUAUGUCCCACAUACUGUGCAUCAGGGGUGACACAGUGCACCACCAAUUAGUGCUAUUUCUUCAUAACACAGUUAAGCUACCUGUGGCUGUGUGUGUGUGUGUGUGUGUGUGUGUGUGUGUGUGUGUGUGUGUGUGUGUGUGUGU